CCCUCCCCCACACCUCUCCUCCCCUCAUUUAAACAAGACCAAUCCCUUCUCAUACACGCUCACAGUCUCCACAAGACAAAAGAGGUGAAGAGCUCCUUCUAUUUGGGAGCUCAGAGAUGGCGACUCAUCAUCGUUUUGAUCCAAUCUGUAAGUGCAGUUCCGAUGGGAGAUCAAACCAAACGGUGGCCGCCGACCUCGACGGUACCCUUCUUGUGUCUCGAAGUGCUUUCCCUUAUUUCAUGCUUGUUGCUCUUGAAGCUGGUAGCAUUCUAAGGGCACUGGUUCUAUUGGCAUCUGUUCCUAUUGUGUACACCAUAUACCUUUUCAUAUCUGAGGCUUUGGCUAUCCAGAUCUUUGUGUUCAUCACCUUCUCAGGUUUAAAGAUGAGGGAUAUUGAGAUGGUGUCAAGGUCUGUGCUACCCAGGUUCUAUGCUGAUGAUGUGCACCCUGAGAGUUGGCGUGUGUUUAGUUCCUUUGGGAAACGAUAUAUAGUUACUGCAAAUCCAAGGAUCAUGGUGGAGCCCUUUGUUAAGACUUAUUUAGGGGCGGACAAGGUGCUUGGUACUGAACUCCAAGUUUCCAAAUCUGGUAAGGCAACUGGGUUUGUUGUGAAACCUGGUGUACUUGUUGGAGAUCAUAAGAGAGCUGCAGUGAAGAGAGAAUUUGGGGGGACUCAGCCUGAUGUGGGCAUGGGAGAUAGGGAGACUGAUCAUGAUUUCAUGUCCAUUUGCAAGGAAGGAUACAUGGUACCAAAGACCAAGUGUGAACCCGUGCCAAGAAACAAGCUUCUAAGCCCAAUUAUCUUUCAUGAGGGAAGACUAGUUCAGAGACCAACCCCUUUAAUGGCCCUCUUGGCAUUCCUUUGGAUGCCAAUUGGCUUCUUCCUCUCCCUCAUAAGAGUCUACUUCAACAUUCGCUUACCUGAACGUAUUGUAUGGUAUAACUACAAGAUCCUUGGAAUCAAACUGGUCGUGAAAGGAAACCCUCCUCCUCAACCCAAGAAAGGUCAACCCGGUGUCCUCUUCAUCUGCAACCACAGAACCGUCCUUGACCCGGUCGUCACUGCCGUGGCCCUCCGAAGAAAGAUAAGCUGUGUCACUUACAGUAUAAGUAAGUUCUCAGAGAUGAUUUCACCCAUCAAAGCUGUGGCUUUAUCCAGGGAAAGAGAUAAAGAUGCUGCUAACAUCAAACGUUUACUUGAAGAAGGGGACUUGGUGAUCUGCCCUGAAGGUACAACGUGUAGGGAACCCUUCCUUUUAAGGUUCAGCGCCCUAUUUGCAGAGCUCACUGAUAGGAUUGUUCCUGUGGCCAUUAAUACAAAGCAGAGCUUGUUCUAUGGAACAUCGACCCGUGGGUUUAAACUGAUGGACCCGUAUUUUGUGUUUAUGAACCCGAGACCCACUUUUGAGAUCACGUUCUUGAACCAGCUGCCCAUUGAGCUCACUUGCAAAGGAGGGAAGUCGCCUAUUGAGGUUGCUAAUUAUAUCCAGAGGGUCCUCGCAGGGACACUAGGGUUUGAGUGCACGAACCUUACAAGGAAGGAUAAGUAUGAGAUGCUUGCAGGUACAGAUGGAAAAGUCGCAUCCAAGAAAGAAAAAGCCUAAGCAUGACAGAGAACUGAGUAAAAUGGGAAUUUGAUCCUCUCUCUCUCUCUCUCUCUCCCUCUCUUGAUUGGUCUGGUAGGGAUAUAACAGUAAUAGUAAUAGUAAUAAUAGGCACAUCAUUGGAUGCAAAUGUAAAUUUCUAUUUGAUUUAAUAUUUAAUAUAUAAAAUUGUAAAACUAAAGUGGGUAUCUUCAUCGUGAGAAUAAUUUGAGGUACAUUUUAUAAAAGAGCCACUUUUAUUUUUGAAUCAUGUAUUUUCAAAUUUUUUUUUCAAGAGUGAUUAAUAGUUUGAUCGACUCCCUUUGAUAGAGAGAAUUAUCGGUGACAUGUACGAUGAUUUGGUUUAAUUUCAAUCUAUGGAUUCAAGAGAUGUGUCCACAA